GCCGGCGGCGGGAGGCGACGCGCAGCCGGCGCCCGUGCGCAGAGGGGCCGCUCUGUGGCGCCGCGGACGCUCGGUCGGGGAGCCGCGAGGCAGCCGCGUCCUGCCCUCGGAACAAUGGGAGUCGGCGCGCGCGGCGCCUGGGCCGCGCUGAUCCUGGGCGCGCUGCUGGUGCUGGCGCUGCUGAAGGCCGCCGUGGACAGCUCGGGCCCGGAAGGAUCUCUAAACACACAGAAUUUGGUGCCUUCAGGAAACCACAGUGCUAACCCAACAGAGAAUGUCACCGCUGUGACCUCCAACCACACGAGCCAGCCCACCAGCACCGUGAGACAGCCGACGACCCCACAGUCUUCCGCGUCCAAGCCUGAGACAGUCACGGCCUUGACGUCCACGGCAACACCUCGAAUUACAACACCCGCAGCCUCCGCCAACAGGACUAACAGCAGCUCAGUUUCACAGAACACAACCCAGACAACGCCGGCCACGGUGACCAGCACCGCCCACAACAGCUCAGCCACGUCCACUUCUUCAUCCGUAACGAUCACACCAACUAUUAAUUCUAAAGGAAAUCCAGGAUCAAAAUUUGAUAUUGGCAGCUUUCUCGGUGGUAUUGUGUUAACACUGGGAGUUCUGUCGAUUCUUUACAUCGGAUGCAGAACGUACUAUUCGAGAAGAGGCAUUCGGUAUAGAACCAUUGAUGAACAUGAUGCCAUCAUUUAAGGAAAUCCAAGGACCCAUGGAAAGAAGAUUGAUAACAACCCUAUCAAUUAAUUUUAGUUAUUCUUGAAUACACAGGCCAUGUACUAUAGAAACAUGUAGAUUCCUGUUACUAAAGGUAAAAAGGGUUUGGUUUGGGUUUUUUAAAUGAGUAUUUGAAGCAUAUAGUUAAUGUUAAGACAAGUCCACCCCUUCUGUGUGGCGCUGGUCACAUGGGAGAGUAACUGGAAGACCUCAUCCCUGAAGGGCGCCGUGCCCUCUGCACCCACAGAUGCGGGCCUUGGGCUUGUCGUACAGCUUAGUACCGGGUUUAGAAACAAGAUGCACUGCCCUCAGCCCCCGCUCAGAACUGUAUAGGGCUCGGCCCUGCAAGAGAGCCUGUGUUCUCGUUACAGCCUCUUUUGAGCUUUCAAUGGCAAUGCAGCUAAAAGUAUUUUUGCCUCUGUGUAAUUUCAGUAACCUGCAAUGUUGAACAAAGUUUUAAAGAUGAAGUUAGGUUUUUUGCUACUGCAAGACUACUGGAAAUUGCUUUAUUUCAUAUGCAACAGUUAAUUUUAUGUUUAGGGAAUAUUUGUAAGAGGUGUAGAGCUUCUUUCAGUAGCUAGGAUCCUGUACGACGCAGAGUCAGCCUCCCUACCUUACGCCCCCUCUGCAAUUUCCAGACAACCUGCAGGGCUCGGUCCCUCAGCCCAGGGAGGACGGCCUCCACCUGCAGGGGGACAAUGCUGCAUUUUUAUACUAAAGAAAUCUUUGUAUUGGGAUUAAUUCUCAAGUUUUUAAAACAAACUUUUAGGACUCUUCAGGCCCCUUGUCUCCCGUGGAGGGGACUCGGCUGUUUUACGGUAACAGCACAGUGUUCGAGGGACACCCAUGUCCGUCAACGUUGGUCUGAGGGUUCGGCUUAUAGUUUAUAUCACAGCAGCCAAAACUCAGGGUCAAGUUUGGCAAAAAAAAAAAAAAGUAUUUAGUCCUACUAAAUGACCAGCCAAUAUAGAAACACUGUAUUAGAUGUCCUAAUGACACCGCUACAUCGAAUAGGAUUUAAAUGUAACUUGUGAUCAGCUUUUUGUUUUCAGAGAAUGCCAAGAAUUUUUAUAUAAAAGCAUCAUUUCUACUCACUGUGCACUAGGGCCCACUGAGGUGAGGCACACGGUGGGCCCCCAGUUUGCAGAGAGGUGGGCUGCUUAGUAACCUACAACACACCUGCCUGGUCUCGAACUGCUUUUAUGUCUUUGCAAAAUAUACUUACAAGUAUAUGCUUCUAUCUUAUGGUCGGGGCCUUUAAACCGAACUUAUUCCAUCUCUUACUGGCUUGAUGCCCGUCAGAACCUUGGAGCCAGGCCUGUUUCUGCAGCACGUGGAAGAAAUGCCAUUAAACCCCUUUCUAGCUGCCUGUGCUUUGGGUCUAAAAACUGCCUUCUCUGUCUGGAAGCGGGGGCACGAACCACUGCUCCCCCAGGGCGCACAUUUCCUAAGCCUGUAAUUCAUGUCCUAAUUAUGUUUACUUCAGCAGAUACUCACUUCUGUUUGCGUUCCUUGAGAAUGUAAUUUACUUGAAGAUCUCUCAGAAUCCAAUCAAGGACUUUAGAUAAUCCAAAACAUGAGUAUUUCCCAUACAGAUAAAUGAGAAUGGGCAAUUUAUUAGUAAGAAUUUUGUAUUUUUCAGGAGAAACAAAGCAAAUUCCUUUUCUCUUUUUAUUAUAAUGACCAGCUUUUGGUAUUUCAUUGUUACUGAGAUCUAUUUUUAGAAUAAAAUUUUGUUCUCCAUCUAA